AUGGCCUCAUUAUCAAAAGGCCUAAAAACUGUAGAUAAAAGGGUGGAAGGUUUAAAAUCAAAUUUUGAAGUUUACAUGAAAGAAGCAACUGAAAUUAAAAUUGGGUUGGAAAGGGAACAGGCAACUUUAGUUGUUGCUAGUACUCUAGUAGAGAGAUUAGGAGAUGAAUACACUCGUUGGCAACAACAAAGUAAACAAUUAGAAACAGAAUUGGCAACAAUUGAAAAUUGUUGUCUUUUAGGUUUUGUUUAG